CUUGAGGGAGGGAUAUAUAGCAUGGAGGUCUCCGCCUGUGUUUGUGUGUGUUGGGGCAGCGGGAGGCGGCGGCGGCAGGGGCUGGCGACGCGUGUGUAACCGGGCUGGGUGUGUGUGACUUCCUGUGGUAUAUUUAUGGCCAGGGCUUCGAUUUCCGGUAGCUGAUACGAGCCCUCUCUGCUCGCACGGAGCGUUUAAUAAUAUCGCUGAGGGGGAAGGAGGAGGGAAAGCUUUCUGCACACACAUACACAUACACACGCGCGCGCGCGCGCGCGCACAGUAUGAGGUGAGGAGGAGGAAGACCGAGCGCGGGGAUGAAAGACACCUCAGGCACACACACACACACACACACACACACACACAGAGACACACAAAAAACACACAAUAUAUGACGGUCCGGAGCGCAACCGCGCCAUUCAAUAUCACGAAUAGAGCACCGGCUCCUCCAGCCCCUCGCGACACGCGCGCCCCGCAUUCCUAUGGACAGACACGUGCAGGAACAGAGCUGUUGAGCCUUGCACCAUGGAGGACUGCCUUCACACUUCUUCCGAAAACCUUUCCAAGCUGGUCAGCUGGGCCCACAGCCACGGGACCAUAUGCACCCUCAUUCCAAAUCUGAAGCACCUUCUUUCAGAGGGCUCACAUGGCAACCUGACAGCUAUGUGGGGCUGCAGCGCAGGCCAUGCCUAUCACUGGCCUCUGACGGCAACCUGUAGAGCAGGCUCGCAGGAAAGAGUAUGUUUCCAGGACAACAGGAGCUUCAACUCGGACAGCCCCAGCCUCAUGGGCAUGCCCUCGGACACACAAGCCAGCCCAGUGGAACGCUACUCUGGGAGGCCAGGGAAAGCAAAGUUGGACUGCAACAGAACCAGAGACUCCUGUGAUUUCUCUUACUGCAGUGAGCCCUCAGAGUUAGACGAAACCGUGGAGGAAUAUGAAGAUGAAGCUACUCUUUUUGACAUGGUCUGUGAGUCCUCGGUGACAGAUGAAGAUAGCGACUUUGAACCUCGCCCUCAAAGAUCCCAGACCAAUUCCCGCAAAAGGCCAGCCCCAGGCGCCACCUCCUCGUUCCAUCCAGGCUCCCAUUCUCAGGUCGUCGAUGAGAACAGCAGCAAUGUGUCCGUCAAAAAAAUCAAGCAAGAACUUCCCGAGGAUUAUUACAUUGUGGCUAACGCAGAGAUCACUGGCGGCAUCGACGGCCCUGCGUUGUCCUUGACACAGAUGUCGAAACCCAAAGCUCACCCAGCAGCCUCCUACCCUGUGCCAUCUAAAUCCACCCCUCAUUCGCCACCAUCACUCAUUGCUGAAUAUGAUUUGCAGAACAUCUCUGCCUCCUCCCAGAAGCCUCCCAAAGUAACUUUGGCUUCUCCAAGUAAAGGGCCUGGUAGCAGCCUGGCCGCCACCCCUCAGGCAGCCCUGCAGAUGCCUGCCAGCACUUCCAAUGCUGGCAAGUCGUUAAGCAUUCCUUUAUCGGCCUUGCAACUCCCUGGGCAAGAGGAGCAAGCAGCCUCAGAAGAUGCCCUCCAGCCUGUGUCAAAUCAGGUUCCCAGCGAUGUAGCAUUGUCUCCUUCUGCUAGCACAGAGCCAGAAGUUAGCUCCAGUCAGCAGCACCCAAGCACAGCUCCCGCCAUCACCACAGAGCCAAUGGCACAGACAAUACCAGACCAAGAUGAGAGAGCUGCAGAACUGAGCAGAGAGCAAAAUGAGAAAACCAUUCGCAGUACCCAGACAGCCCUCCGAAACUUCAGGGAGUUUCUCAUCUCUAAGUAUCCCUCGGAAACCCGGGAGAUCUACAUCAUUCCUUGCAAAGAGCUGGAUGCUUACUUAGCAUCGUUCUUUGUCGAUGCCCGGCAGAAGGAUGGUUCGGAAUAUGAGCCAAAUAGUUUGGCCAAUUACCAAUGUGGGCUGGAGAGGUAUCUCAAGGAGCACCGAUACGGAUACAGCAUUACCAGGGACAAGGAAUUCAAGAGGUCUCAAGAAGCCCUGAAGCAGAAGCAGAUAGAGCUGAGGUGCAAAGGGAAAGGAAACAAGCCACACAAGUCCAUGAAGCUUACCUUUGCAGAUGAGCUUAUCUUACGCAAGAGAGGCCUACUGAGCCGAUACAACCCCGAGGGACUGCUGAACCUCGUCUGGCUUAACAACACCAAGGCGUUUGGCCAUUGUACCGGUUUCCAUGGCUCCACCCUCAAAUGGGGGGACAUUAGGCUUCGGGUGACAGAGACAGGGCUGGAAUAUUUGGAAUGGAUGGGUCAAGACAGCGGCGAUGGGAGCACCAAAACCAAGAGGACAGGCACGGACUCCAGAGUGUACGCAACGCAACACGCUCCGCAGACCUGCCCCGUGCAAGACUACAAGGAGUACGCCCAAAGGCGCCCCCCUGCAAUGCGAUAUGAGGAUGCUCCAUUCUACUUGUCCAUCAAGCCGGUUGUUAACCUAGCUGCACUUCAUUGGUACAAUUGCCAAGCCCUAGGUAAAAAUAAGCUGGCCAAGAUGGUCAAGACGAUGUGCGAGAAGGGGAACAUCCCCGGCAGGAAGACCAACUUCAGCGUGUACCAGAGCUGCAGCACACUCUCCGAAGCUCAAAGCAACCAGCUGGUUCUGAUUUGCAACAACUUAAGCCAGCAGGCUGCUCAGUCCAUGGCGAGCCAUUCCGGCUCUGGCAACUUCAUUGUGUCUGCAUCUUAUGACUCUUCUUCAGACACGGCUUGAGAGGACUCGAGAUGAGAACGUGUUGUGUUUGAAGCUGUGGGUCUGUGCCCAGGGACACACAUCAGUUGUGAUUCUACACGGCUACCCUCCUGAUUCACCUUUCCCCAGUGUUAAUUCACUUUAUUAAAACAGAUAAUAUAUAAAUAUAUAUAUAUAUAUAUUCUUUUUACAAAGACGUGAAUAGAAAUAGUUUAGUAUAACUUAUAUAGUAUUUAUAGUGCUGAUAUGGGGGGGAACGAAACCUACUUAUAGGGUGCUAAUAUAAUGGUAGAUUUUCAAAAGGGGAAAUAGUUUUCAGGCAUAUACAAGGCAGGCCAUAGUCUUUAGGCAGAAGCAAGCAACACUACGCACUUAAGUCAGUUGUAACACAGCCAUAUCUUGAGAAGACCCUCUGUGAAGACAACAUGGUUCACAAGUGGGAACUGAGCACUGGGGACACCGUGCCCAAUAGUGGUGCCCCAGAAUGCUUUUCUGCACCUCCUGUUUAUUGCCUUUGAGCUUGUGCAGAAGAUGUUGUCAUUAAAUCAUGUCCAAAAUGCAUCACUUGCACCUAAACAUAUUUGGUUUAAAAAAAUAAUAAUAAUGUGUGUAUAUUCCCCAUGAUGCUUCAUGUCUUUUGAAAGUUUGCUUUAAUAUGACAUGAAUUCAGUAUUAUGUGUGGAGGGAAGAGGGAUAAUUUUCUAUUUUCUUUCUUGCCGGCAAAUAUGGUUCUUUUCCAGCCUGAUUUAAGGGGGAGAGAAGGAACAAAGAAAAUGGGAUGCAGCUUACUGGAGCAUUUCCCUCUAUUUUUCAUUUGCUCCUUGUGUCUCAAUCGUGCCAGCUUGGGGGGUGGAGAAGACAUGAUAAUGAUCAACAAACUGAAAAAUAACAGUGGUCUUAAAGAAAAAGUAUAAUAUUUAUCCAUAUGCAAAAACAAGUGUCAUGGCAAAAAACCAGACUUUUACACAAACAAACAAUCUUAACUUUCCCUAGCUGAGAACCAGUGUUUUAGCACUUUUGUGAUAAGUCAUUUUUAAAAUAUAUGCAUACUGUCAAAGAUUCAGCUGUAGCUGCUACACCAAGCAGCCACAAUGCAAAACAGAAUUAUAAGGUUGCUUAAAUUGUGGCCAGCAUUUGUAUUUCCUUGAUAAAAUACAGCAAUAACAGCAAAAACAAUGCCCCCCCCCAAUCUACCAGAAACCAUGAAAAGCUGAGAAUAUAGUUGCAAACCUCAUUUUGUUGUUGUUUUAAUGGGGGGGAUUUUUCUAGGGAAUCAACAUGAAAACAGAGAGACCUCCCUGCCCCUCUAAGUUCCAAGCACACUUGUUGUGUGAUGCUUCAUAAGCACACAUGUUUUUGGGAGCCUUUGCCCUAGCUAGAUCUGGAGAGAACUGGGUUUUCUUUUUCAAGGUUCAAGCACAGUUGUUCACCAGCAGCAGGGUUUCCCUGCCAUACAGUAUAUCAAGGGUAACCAAUGUAUAGCCCGCCAUAUGGUGUUGGGACUCCCAGACUGCAUCAUCGCCAGCCAGCAUGGCCAAUGACCAAGGAUGAUCAGAGUUGUAGUCUGGAAGCAUCUUCCCAUUACACUGGCUACCUCUGCAAUACAGUGAUACCUUGGAAGUCGAACGACUUGCGACUCGAACGCUUUGGCUCCUGAACGCCGCAAACCCGGAAGUGAGUGUUCCGGUUUGCGAAUGCUCUUUGGAACCCAAAUAUCCAAUGCUUGUUACACGGGUUCCGAUUGGCUUCCUGCAGCCAAUUGGAAGCCACACCUUGGUUUCCAAACAUUUUGGAAGUCGAAUGGACUUCUGGAAUGGAUUCCGUUCAACUUCCGAGGUAUGACUGUAUGUGGUUCUUACGGAUUGCCACACUACCAGUGUGUACAGAGGGCAUCAGAUUGAGGAAAGCUGAUCUGGCCCCAUAUUCCAUUAUAUACAACUCAGCACUAGGAAAUCUGUAGCAGGGGGCUGGGGGACUUUUGAUCUAUAUGCCACAUUUAAUCCUCCUGGUGAUUUGAUUCUCCCAUCACAUAUUUUAGAAAAUUUGCAUUGUUUCGUUACAGAACAAUUUUCUAUUGAGCGAAUUUUUUAUAGUAUAUUAAAUCUCACGCAGUAACAUCUGAUGGGGGGCCAACUUGAAUAAAAUAUUGGGGGGGGCAGGUAUGCAUAAUUGAUCAUUAGACAUGGCACAUGCACACCAUUUGAAUGGCAAUGCUCAUCAACUUUGAGGGGGGACAGGCCCCUCAAAUAUUUUAUGUAGGGGUGGGGAGAAGGGAUCUCAGCCCCUAGGAGUUGGCCCCUAUGCAUCUGAUGUUUUCUAACUCAAGAAUAACCAAUUAUUCAUCUGGGCCCUAAAAGCAGAUCUGGAAGCCCUUUGUCUGUGCCUGAUGUAUGGGGCAGAUGAAAGAGCAGAUAGGACUUUUGCACCUUUAAUUGCUGUGUAGAAGAGGGGAUUUCAGCAUCACAAUCCACUGAAUUUGUCACUCUAUAAGACGCAUCAGACCACAAGACGCACCUAGUUUUUGGAGGAGGAAAACAAGAAAAAAAAAU